AUGAAUAGAGACACUAAACUGGCUUUAAUCGACCAUCUUGGUAAACUACACAAGGCGACACCUAAUUUACACAAUACAAGUUACAGAAUCUUCUCAUUGGACCUYAUAGCAGAGCUGCUCAAUCAGCCAUCCAGACCAAUCACUGAACAAGAAAAUGAUGGUCAAGACAAAGAAGUCAUGGUUGGAAGAAAGGGUCUUUUGGACAUCAUUGUAGGACGAUGUUCUGAUAGAGCGCCCACUGUAAGAGCCAAGGCACUGCAGUACCUAUCUCAGUGUGCAGUAUCGUCUGACCCAGAUGUCAUUAAUCUUGUCAAACAAACACUCCAAGAGCCACUUGACAAGUCGGCCAACAGCAAUGACACUAACAAUGUUGGCUCCAUGAUUCGGAAAAGAACGUGUGACGAGAAAGUUGGUGUGAGAAAAGCUGCAUUACAAGUACUUGAAAGUGUCAUCCAUCUUGACUUAAACAAUCUCCACAAACCAGACUUAGAUAUGCUCCAUGACCGAUGCAUGGAUCCUGCCCUCUCAGUCAGACGACAAGCCAUGGUCUUAUGGUUGGAUGGAAUUCUUCCCCUUGUACUUGACCGUGAGACUACAGCACAGGAGAAGUGUUACUGCACAAUAGAAGAAAUCAUCCUYAGUAAGAUAGUCCCAUUACAUAGAUCUAUAGCAGAACCACAUACCCUUGCAUGGAGCCUUCUACAGAUAGUCGCCAGUCCUAACGGCCAAGAGAUCAGGAGGUAUCUGCAGAAUGCCUGCAACUACUGGUCUAAACAAGGAAAACUGAACAGCACUCUCAUUAAGAGCCUAUCAUCACAUAUCAACAGCAGUAACAACAAGGCAGCAUGGUUGUUGUUGUCAUUGAUGGCCACUGCAUCAGUCAAGAUAGAUCACACCAUUGUACUUGAUAAAUGGAAACAGUAUACAUCACAAAAAGAUUGUGAUGCCGAAACUCUGUGCUGGGUGUUGUCUGUCAUAGGAAGCGUUAGCGACAAGCUUCCUGAAAACAUGGUCGUGUCUUUAACUGAGGAGUUGCAAAGAAAGUUAAGUGGAUUCAAUGACACACCAGACGUCAUAGCUGCUAUUAUUGGGACUCUUUGUAAGCUGUGUAGAUCACAACGCCAAGCAAAGACGAUGAUUGACAGCUGGUGUGCUGAUCUUCUGAAGUCUUGUGAGCAGACUUUAUCUGGUGUGAUUCUAGAAGAAAACCAAGUUUCAAAAGUCACUGAUGAAGUUAUCGUGAAGAAUUUGUUUACUGUUGGUGAAGUUGCACAGCUCGCUCCAGGACGAACCACAGAACGUCUGUUCCUGCUUGUCGAGUCAAUGUUGAUCUCAGAAGCCAGUCUCAGUACGCCUGGUACUCCUCAGAGCAUCCAGAAGAGUCAACUAUCAAAUACUGUUAAGGCUCAUGCCUUCGUUACUCUAGGUAUGCUUGGAUAG